ACCCAUCUGAAGCUGGGAAAAUCCGUGCCACGUGACAAUGUUUACUUUAUUCGGGAAAAUCAAGAAGCUAUCAGCUACACGGCGACGACUGUGUGGCCGGAAAUGUUUUAUAUGAUCCACUGACAGACAUCUGACUAAGUGCCGGGCGCAGAGAUGAGCAGCUCCAGGCAGAGAGCCAGAGAUCUACUGACAGCCUACGAUCACAGUUUGGAGCGACAAAUUGUUGGACGAGGCUCCAGCCUGGCAUGUAGAGAUGAGGAGCUAUGGAAGCAGGUGGAGGGGCUGCUGAAGGAUGGAGAUGCUCAGGAGACACACUGCCUGGGUCUGGAUCCACUGAGGGUGAUGGAGGAGUCGCUCAAGGCAGCAACAGCAUCAACAACAGCAGCCAGUGGUGGGCAGGUCAAAACCAGAGGGGGGCUGCAGGGCCUGGCUAAAGCUUUUGAAGUCCUGGAGCAAGCGGCCCUGAACCUGUACCUCAGUCCCUGGAGGAAUGAGUACAAAGUAGUCAAGAUGUACUCCGGUAUGUUCACCCACUACAUCAAACCGGUGCUGUCAGUGCCACAGAUUGAGAAACUGUUUGGCCUUUUGGGAUACCAACCCAGCUUGUCUCGGCAUGAACAGCUUUUUCUCCAGUCAAUCAGAACCAGUCCUGCCUCUCUGGACGACCUCCUCCACUUGUCUUGUGCUUUCUACCUGGCCCGUUGUGAGUGUCGCCUUCUUCAAAUGACUCUGGGAAACUAUGCUGGUGAGGCCCAGUGGGAGCUGAGUGUGGUGAGAGAGAGGCAGAGAGGAAACAGCCUACAGGUUGCAUUGGACAACACCAGGAAGACACUCAAAGUCAAUCAGCCACUGAUGGAGCCUUUUAAUGGAGAAGCGGACGUGGAUCUGUACACAGAUGAACAUGUUAACGGGGGGCAGAGAGAGGUGGUUGUCAAUGACAAUGAGAGUCCCUGCUCCUUAACCUGGAUGACUCAAAGCAAUGCAUCGCCCCCUGCUGUGAAAACACACAGCAAUGGAAUGACACCUCUGUCCUCCUCAUCCACAUCCCUGCCCACCAGAGAACACCUCUGCAUCUCUACACUCAACUACCAGCUGACCGAGAGGUCAUCUAAGGAGUCAGACAGUAGCAGAAUCUCCACAGCCAGGAGGAGGCAGGGCAGACAUCCCUGUGAGGAGUCGAGGUUUGACAAAGCAGACUUACAGUCACAGGCAGGCAGUCUGCAGUUAGAAGCAAUGGGGCUUUCAAAGAGUGAGACUGAAGUCAGCUGCAGCUGCCUCCAAUCUCCUCAUCAUUACCAAAGUCACUGCAUUGAAUGUGAAACUUGGCACAGUAACACAUGUGCCUUACUUGAGCAUUGCUGUAGUGUGGAGCACAGUGUGGUAACCUCUUUCAGUACAGCUGAAGAAAUGAAAGAAUCAGGAGCAGUGUCAACACAGAGUGAAAUUCUCAGAGUGAGUGACCUGAGAACAUCACCAAGUCUCACCACCAGCAGCGCAGUAAUGUCCUCCUUAUCUCUCUGUGAUAAAUCCAUAAUUCAUCCAAUCUCCUAUCAUGACUGCUGCAACCUCUCCCAGCUUGACCCGGAGGUCCUGUGUUACAGCUGCAGUGUCUUCCAUUCCCUUAAAUGCAGAAAUGUAGACUACUGCAAAGUUCAUCACACAAUCAAACAACUGAGAGAGUGUGUGUGUGGGAAGCCAUGUUCCAGAAAGCCUCUGGUUCUGUGCAGGUAUUGUGGAAAUGAGUAUUGUACAGAUUGUUGGUACAGAAAUCCUGUUAUCUGCAAAUGUGGCCAAACUUUUGACCAGUCAUCGUCAGUGUGAUUUGUAUUUGAAGAGUAUUGCACUAAUGAGGCACAACUAGCAAAAUCACAGUGCCUUAAUUCUGCACACUUCAAUCAAGUACAAUCUAAUCCAAAUGUUGCCUUGACACAGUGCUGAAAUGCAGUAUUACAUGUGCUCCAGCUUUUCUGUUUGGGGCCUCUUUCUGAGACUCUUAUCACUCUGUUAUCCAAUUAUUCUCUAAGUGGCCAUAUGUACCAUAAUCCUCAUUUGAAAAGUAUAGUGUAUUGUGAUACACAACUUGUACAGUUUGUGCUCUUGGGUCAAUUCAGCGUAACUUGGUGUGAAACACAAAGAAGUUUCUUUUCACCUGUAUCUGUUACCUGCACACAGACUGCAGUAAAAAGGUCAAUAUGACACAUAUCUGUGUUAAAUGUGUGUUUUAUAAUACAUGAGCAAAUGACUUGGAGACAGUAGAGUUACUUAUAUACCAGAAAAACUACCUGGAAAAUCAGUAAUCAGUUUUUGUAUUUUAUUCAGUCAUAACUACCACUAAUCAAACCCUCUCUGAGAACAUGUUUCUGCCUUUAUUUUUUGGCUUAAUAUGUGGCUUUUGUAUUUACUGUGAAAUCAUAAAAAGGCUGCAAAUGAUAA